AUGAUAAGAUUGACUUUGCUAUUUUUGUUGAUUACUUAUAAUUAAUGUGCCACAGUGUCGAUAAGUGAUUAAUGUAAUUGUGAAUAAAUAAAAUCGAAAUCUGACUGUGUUUAGGAUAGCUGCCUAUGGAAAGAUGAGAAAUGUGUUAAAAAUGAGGAUCAAUAAAGUGAUGAAACUGUAAGUGUAUAUUGCAGUGCUUUGGACGUGACUAGUUGCUAAUAAUGGAAAGGGUGUGCAUGGAAUUCGGGUAGUUGUGAACAAUUUAGUGGAUGUUCUGCAUUCAGUGGAAUUUCAAAUGAAGCCUGUUAAUAGAUAUCUCAAUACUGCACAUCUGAUGGAACUUAAUGCAUCGACCCUUUAAAUUGUAGCGAUUAUACUGACUAGGGACUUUGCAAUUCAAAUAUUAACGCAUAAGGUCGUAGAUGCAAAUGGGAAGAUUCGAAAUGUCGAGAUUUGAAAUGCAUAGAAGCGAAUACGACUCUGAGUACAGAUAGUGAUUGCAAUGCAUUCUACCCAGGAUGCCUUACAAAUGGGAAGGGUUGUGUGGAGAAAAGAGGAGAGUGUUCUACUUACGGCGAAUCUUGUGUCGAUAUGAUAGGCAGUGAUGGUUAUUGUGAGAAAACAAGCAGUGGAUGCACUCCAAAGCUAUGUACAGCAGCCUCAUAAGAUUUGACAACAAAUGAAUAAUGUGCAAAAUUUCAAUUGGGAUGUGUGACAACAGGAAAAGGAUGCUCAAAAUAUCCUUUGAGUAGUUGCAGUACUUACACCGGAGAUGCUACUGUUUGUCAGUAGAUGAUAGGAUCGGAAGGUAGAUGUGAUGGAGGUGUAUCUAAUUAAUGUCAGGAGAGAAAAUGUGACAAUGCUAACAAAACCAAUAAUACAGAUUAGUUGUGUUAGCAAUAUCUAAGUACUUGCAUAACAAAUGGGAGAGGGUGUGUGAUUCAAUUGAAGUUGUGUAAUACUUAUACAGGCACUGCUGACGAGUGCAAUCAUUAUAUUGGAAGUGAUGGGAAGUGUACUAUAGGGACGAGUGGAUGCAAGGUUAGAGUUUGUAGUGAGGCUCCUGAUACUUUGAAAACGGAUGUAGAUUGUAAAGAUUACUAGUAUGGAUGUGUGACAACUGGUUUAGGGUGUGUCAGUAAUAGGUAGUCUUGUACUACUUACAGUGGGACAGCAACAAGUUGUGCUAAGUUAAUAGGAACUGAAGGAAAUUGUUAUGGGGUUGGGGAUACAGCAACGGCUUGCAAAGCUUAGAUUUGUUCGAAUGCCCCAGCGACAUUCACAAGUCAUGAUUAGUGUUCUGGAUUUUAGAGUGGAUGUUUGACAAAUGGCAGUGGUUGUGUUGAUAAGACAGUGUGCACAUCAACAAUAGCAGAGAUAAGUUGUUUAGGUACAAAAACUUGUUAAUGGAAUUAAAUUUGUGUUACUAAAACAAAUUGUCAAUUUUAUAACACUCUAAGUUUGUGUAGUAAUAAUUUGGCUGAUGGUGGUGUAAAAUGUUAAUGGGUCAAUGGCAUUUGCAGACAGAAACUUUGUAGUGAUGCUCCUACGACAUUCAUUAAGAAUGAGGAUUGCAAUAGCUUCCUCGAGAAUUGUGUCACAAAUUCAUAAGGAUGUAUAUCAUCUACUGCUCCAUGCAAUCAAUAUACUGGGAAUAAGGAUACCUGUAUCAAUUUUAGAGGCAAUGGAAUCAAAUGUACUAGUACUAGUGUUAGUAAUGCUGCAUGUGUUGAUGUGACAUGUGUGAGUAAUACUACUGCAACUGCUCAAAGUCAAUGUGAUGAUCAUAUGACUGGAUGCAAAUUCUAAGGCGUUGCUGGAUGCAUUGAUAGUUCAGCUGAGUGUAACAAAUAUUCUGGAAAUCAGGAGAGUUGUAGUACUUAUAAUGGAGUCAAUGGCACAGUUAAGUGUUAUCAAGAUGUUGGAGUGACAGCCAGUUGUAGGAAUCUGUAAUGCAGUGACAAUACUACAGCAACUGACGAUGUCCAAUGUAAUCAAUUUUUGGGCAAUUGUCUAACUAAAGGAACAGGAUGCAUUAGUAAAACUGAACCAUGCACAUCUUACCCAGGAAGUAGUACUACUGAUUGUCAAGCAUUCAAGGGGAACAAUAAGAGAUGUUGGUGGAAUGGUGGUUCUAAUUGCGUUGAUAAGUAGUGUUCAUUAGAUAGUAUUUCCACGACUAACGAAGCUUGUAAUUAGUUUCUGGCAGGUUGUGUUACCAAAGGUAUCGGAUGUAUUGAAAAUACUGAGUUAUGUCCAUCUUAUUAAGGGAAUGAAGAUCAGUGUUAAAUAUUUUAAGGAAACUUACAACCCUGUGUUCGUAAGAAUAACUGUCAGAACAGGAAAUGUACCGAUGUUUCCUCGCCAGCCAACAACAGUGCUUGCACUAGUUAUUUAUCAACAUGCAGAUUUAAUGGCACUGCAUGUAUUGAUGCUGAAACAUCUUGCACAUCUUAUAAUUUGAAUUAUACAAUCUGUCAGUAGAUUACAACAGUGUCAGGAGGAUUAUGCUAUUUAGCUAGUGGCAGUGGUGCCUGUUAAACAAGAACUUGUGCCUAAAAGGGACCAGCCAAUAAUCAGAUUGAAUGUGAUUAAUUUCUGACUGGUUGUGUAUUUACUGGAGCCUAUUGUGUUGAGAAAUAAGCAACAUGUGAUUUAUAUACUAAUUUUACAUCUGUGGCAUGUAGGAGUGCUGUGACUACCAGUUCAUAAUAAUGCUGGAACAAAUCAACGACUACUGAUAAUUGUUAGGCGAGAACAUGUUCAGCUAUUACCGCAUAAUUGAUUGCUCCUAAUACAUUCUCUGCAGAGUUUUGUUCAACUUAUCUAAGCACAUGUGUAUAUGAUGGAACUCAAUGUGUUGCUAAAUAGAGUUCCUGCACUUCAUUUACUAGUUUUAGAGUGGCUGCAUGUAAAAUAGCUACGACAAUUUCAGCUGAGAAAUGUUGGUUAGAAGAUGUAAAUUUAACCACUUGUGAAGUCAGGCAAUGUAGUAAUACAGUGAGUGCACCCAAUCUAAUUAAUUGUGCAGCACACAAAUAGUCAUGUAGAUAUGAUGGAACAUCCUGUACAGAUGCACAAACUGCUUGCAAUUUAUAUACAUCAUUCACUUAAAAUGCAUGCAGAGAAACCACCUUAGCUGAUGGAGUCACUUAAUGUUGGAAAACAACUGCUGAUCCUGGAACAUGUGAAAGUAGAGUAUGCACUAAUGUGUUACUGACAUAUUCUGCUACAAAAUGUGUUUAACAUAUCUCAACUUGUAGAUACAAUGGAACCUCAUGUGUUAGUCAACAGAAUGACUGUAGUUCAUACACUGGAUUCUCUUCUGAGGCUUGUAAAUAAGUAACUACUACAUCUGGUGGAUUAUGUUGGAUUCCCUUCAAUGUACCUCAAUAAUGCACUGCAAGAUCAUGCAGUAAUACAGUUGAUAAUGCAAGUGCUUAAACUUGUGUUACACAUCUCUCCAGUUGCAGAUUCAAUGGAUUAAUUUGUGUCGAUAGUUUAGCUAGUUGCACUUCAUACACCAGUUUCACUCAAAGUGCUUGCUAAAGUACCACUACAACUGCUGGAGUAAAAUGCUGGAAAUCUUCAUCUUCUGUUGGUGCUUGUGAAAACAGAAACUGUGCCAAUAGUGUCAUCAAUCCCAAUUAUACCACUUGUACCGAUCAUCUAUCAACCUGUACCUAUGAUGGUGUUAGUUGUUAUACUAUGCAGGAUAAUUGUUCCUAAUACACAAAUGUUGCUGCCUCACAAUGUCAAAAUCUCAGGACAACCUCUGGAGGGCGAUGUUGGUUAGCCUAUGGUUAAGGAACUUGUGUGGUUAGACAGUGCACUCACAAUACUACUGCAAUGACAGAUCAAGAAUGUGAGGCCUUUUUAACAGGAUGCAGAACUUCUGGUAAAGGUUGUGUUGAUUCGACAGUCACUUGUGCAUAAUACAUUGGAACCACGUCAAGUUGUCUCUCCUUUGUGGGAAAUUCAAUUAAAUGUAAAGGUGCAGAUUCAACUGGUGCUUGUACAGUCAAAAAUUGUUAUGACAACAUGGAUGGUGUUAAUGACAUUUAAUGCAAUACAUAUAUGGCUGGAUGUGUAACAAGAGGGAAAGGAUGCAUUGCAAAAACAGAACCUUGUACCAGUUACAUUGGCAAUUAAUCGACUUGUUCUUAAUUCACAGGCAAUUCCAAAAAAUGCUGGAAUAGUAGUGCUGCCACUGCCACUCAACAAUGCAGAGAUCGAUUGUGCGCAGAUGAUACUACUUCAAACACUGAUGAUUUAUGCUUAGAAUUUCAAGUCGGAUGUGUGACCAAAGGCAGGGGAUGCAUUGAUGCAACAGCAAAAUGUACUCAGUAUACAGGAACACAAGCAGAAUGCAGUAAGUUCAAGGGGGAAAACGGAACGAGAUAAUGUUGGAACUCUAGUACAGCUACACCCUUGAUUGCUUGUGUCAAUAGGGUUUGCACUCACAAUCUAAGUGCCACCACUGAUUAAGAAUGUGAUGAUUUUCUUAAGGGAUGUGUUACUAAAGGGUAAGGUUGUGUAUCUCCAUAACCAUGUUCAUCUUUCUAAGGUACCAUCAAAUCCUGUGCAAUGUUCUCGGCUACUGAUAAACCAUGUAAAGGUACAACUUCAACUACCAUCUCCUCCUGUGUUGCUGUGUAAUGUAAUGAAGCUCCCAACAAUUAUGAAACUGAUGAACUAUGUAACACAUUUAAGGAAGGAUGUGUGACAAAUGGGUUUGGUUGUGUUGCAAGUGUGUAAUGUGAAGAUGUCUAAACUGAAAAAGCUUGUAAAAGUAAAGCUUCAUGUGGCUAUGUUGGAAAUUGCAGAGACUUGUAAACUGAAUGCAGUGCUCUCAAAUCCUAAUCAGUUUGUGUUAACACUCCUGUCAGUACUGCAAUCGGUAUGUGUGCAUGGGAGAUUAACAAAACAACCAAUGUUGGACUUUGUAGGAAUUGGAAAUGCGAAGAUGCUUCAGAGAGUUUGACCACUCAUGAAGAUUGCUAUUAACUCUACAAAACCUGUACAAGUAAAGGCAAAGGAUGCAUCACCAUUGGUGCCUGUUCAUCUUACACUACAUCAGCCAUUUGUUCUGCAGCCAAAACUACUGACAAAGGAGGUAUUUGUGUUUGGAAUAAGACUUACUGUCGACCAUUAGAUUGCUCUGAUGCAAGUAAGUAACUCACCACUGACACCAAAUGCUAAGAAUUCUUAAGCAAUUGUGUAACCAAUGGCAAAGGAUGCAUUAAUGUCCAGUACAAAUGUGAGGAGGUGUUGAUUCAAGACAAAUGUACUAUUGAUUAUAAGGGUAAUACUUGUUUAUGGUUCUAAUCUCAAUGUAUUACAUACUCUAAAUGCACUGACAUAAGUGGACUAUCAUAUUCACAAUGUAAUAAAUAUUCCAAAAAUUGUACAAGCAAUGGAAACAAUUGUAUUGCUAUUGCUCCAUGUGCUAAAUAUACAAAUCCAACUAGUUGCUAAAUUGGUACCAAUGGACAAUGUGGAUGGGUAGCUGCCACUUUAAAUAGUGCAGCCCAUUGCACAUAAUUCACAAAAUGUAGUGAUGCCGCUGGAACUACGAAAGACCUUUGUCAAUAAUUCUCAACCUUGUGUAUCUCUGAUGGUGUUGCUUGCAUUGAAAAAUCUACUUGUUAAGGCUAUAUUACAGAAAUCAGUUGUGGUGCUGGUGGCACUGAUGGAGUGUGCAUUUGGUAAAGUGCAAAAUGUAAUCUGAGAAAAUGCACUGAUGCUACAGUAGCAACAGCCAUCGAAAUCACAAGUCAUUCAAAAUGUAAUGCAUUCUAGGCAGAUACAUAAUGUACAACAAAUGGCACCAAUUGUGUCCAAAUGGGUCUAUGCAGUUCAUACAAAGAAUAAGGGUGUUACUAUGGUACAGAUGGAGAGUGCAUAUACACAUUCCCAUCAGGAUAAGUGUAAGGUGUGAAAUCCUGCAGAGUCAAGGUUUGCACAGAUUUCAAUGAUGUGACAUCAGAAAUUUGUAAACUAAGGAAUGUAUCAUGUAUCUCAAAUGGAACCAAUUGCAUUACUAAGGGCGAAUGCACUACUUACAAAACCAAAAUUGCUUGUAAUUCAGGUGGAGUAGAUGGAAUUUGUGUAUUCACGCCAUCCAAAAAUGAUGCCAAUAGUGGAACUUGUGCUUUAAUGACUUCAUGCGAAUAAGCCAAUUCUGAUGCUGUAGCUUGCAAAUCCAAAUUCAAUACUUGCCAAUUCUUGACUUCAACUCAAAAUACAACUACUUGCAUCAGUCAUACAUGUGCAACUGUAGCUAAUGGAUAAAUCUGUAAACCAGUAUAUAGUUUUGAUGAAAAGUCAAUCACUAUUUGUAUAGCAACUGCCUCUGGUUGUGUCGUUGGUGAUUCGACCUCGUUGUCAGCUUCCACUUGUUUCGAUUCUAGUCUCUAUACAUAUACUUGGAAUAGUGCCUCGAAUAUAUGUGAAAAAUGUAAAUCUGUUGUUACCCCACCCAACAAUACUAAUAGCACAAACAAUGUCACAACAGACAAUUUUGCUUAGAUCCUGCUCGUGCUUCCAUUGAUAAUGUUCUAAUUAUGA